AUGUCUAAAUCUUUGGUAGAGUCGAAAACAAACGAUGAACUUGGUUACCGCGUUUUAUUUAUUGUCGAUGCAACGGGAUCUAUGGGAGCCUUCUUAAACUCUCUCACGGUUUCGCUUUAUCAAGUUGCAUCCAUCAUGAAACUUACGACACAAAAAAAAUCAGAAAUUGGAAUUCUAUGGUAUCGUGAUUAUGAUCAACCUAUUGACAAAGUAACGAAUUUCUCAGGUUAUACUACUGAUAUGAACAAAAUCUCCACAUUUCUGGCAGAUUUGCAACCAAUAGGUGGAGGAGAUACUCCAGAAGCUACAAAAACAGCAUUAAAUAAAGUAUUGGACAUGAAUUUAGUCGAUUCUAAUACAAUAGUAUUAAUAUAUGCUGAUGCACCACCACAUCAUCCGACAACGCAAGGAUCUUCUUGGGCACUUGAACAAAUAAAUGUCAAGGAAAAAGAUUGGAUUCAAUUAUGCAAGCUAUACCAAAAAACUGGAUGCAAAGUAUUUUCAAUUAUAAAUAGCAUGCAAUUUCAAACGUCGUCAUUUUACAUCUUAUUGAGUCAAUAUACACAAGGCAGAACAUUUUGUUUGACAUCAACCGACGUGAAAACUAUUUCAAAAGCUACUAUUAAUUUAUUCUUAAGUCUGUGCAAUGCAGAAUACGAGUCAACUGAUUUACCUCGAUGGUUAAAUUUUAUCAAUAUCAAUGUAGCUGAUUUUGAUAAUGAAGAUGAUGCGCAGUAUGAAGAUCAAGCGUACUUACCUAGUACAAAAUCGAAAAAACUAGCGUCAAUCAAUAUGGAAGCGUUCAGUGCUGAAGCAAUAAAAUUUAUGGAAGUCGAUUUACGAUUUAUGUUAGAUAAAUUCGAAAAAGAUGAUGAAUAUAAAUCUGUUGUCUAUCAAAUAUUAGAAUCUUUAAUGACACCACAACAUAUUCUUGCAGUAACUCACAACAGUAUAUUGGGUUUAUUGUGGCGUUUAGUUUGUAAACAAAAAAAAGAUACACGUAGAGAUCAGCUAAUAUUGACAUUAUCACAAACAUUGAAUACGAUGGGUUUAAAUCCAGCAUUAGCAGCUGAUACUGCUAUAGUUCGAGCCUGGGUCGAAGAAAGUUAUAAUGCAAGAGAAGAAAUUAUAAAUAGAAUUGCUGAAAUUACAGAACAAGUACCAGCUAUAGUAUUAACAUUAGAUAAGAAAAUGACUAGAACUGAAUUAUUGGAAAUAACAAGAUCAUGCAAUGCAGAAGUGUUACGCAAAGUUAUGUCUUUAUUAAAUCAUCUGACAGUCGUUACAAAUAAAUCAAAUUUAUCAAAAAAUUAUCUACCAUUAAAGAUGAAUGAUGGUGAAAUAUUUGAAUUAUUGCCACAUCUUUUAGCAGAUGGUCUCAAAUUUUCAUUACGUCCAGCUGCACUUAUGGCUAUGUUAUGUGUAUUGUCAAAGAAUGGUAUCUUACAAGAACGAGCUGUACGUUUUUUAACUAGUAUAAAAGGCAAAUGGCUUGAUUUAGCAUCUCCAGAAAAUAAUGCUUAUGCAUUCAGUAAAAUUUGUGUUAAAUUACCAGAAUUUUUUACUGACGAAGAAAAUUUAUUCUUUCAAAAACUAUAUGUUAUAGGUGGAUUAAAAUUAAAUGCUGCUACACGUAUAACUAUUCAGAAACCAUUCAGUCCAAAAGUUAAUGAAAUUCAUUAUGAUACGAAAAUUCAGUGUACAACAUGUAAUAUUGUUCGAUCGACUACAUUAUUUUCUGAUGUUGGUACAAGUUGUUGUGCACUAUGUUUGCCACAAUAUAACCUUAAAUAUACACCUGAACCAUGCGCCGAAGAUAAAUCACAUUUAGUAGAAUGUGGAACAUGUAACUGUUUAUAUGCAAUAGUUCAAUAUGCUCAAUUAUAUGCAAGACCGAAAUGUUUCUAUUGUCGUGAGUUGUUACAAACAACACCAUAUCGCCGUUGUACUGCGUGUCAGAAUAAAUAUGUUCAUUUUGAUUCAACUGAACUAGUAACAAAUAAUGGAGAAGAAAAAACAUUUAUUUGCGCCGAAUGUAAACAUUCUACGACUAAUCAAAGCAUAAUUGAUAUUCAAGUGCCAAUCAGUACAUUAAUUGAUGAAAAUAAAACACAAAUAUACAAUUAUUUAAAUAUCAAGAUUAAAGAUGAUAUCAAUAUUUUUUCUGCAGAAUGGUCAUUAUUUAAAUUAAAAGAUAAAAUGGAGUUAGAAUCUAGAGAAGAUGCCAAAUUAUUACCAGUGCCACUAACUCAUAAUAAGAAACCAGUCUUAAAUUAUACACUUGUCUUUGAUCAGAUUCAAGCAUGGAUACAAAGUGGUAAAUCCGAACAUGUCACUUGUUAUAUCUGUUGUAAUGAUGUACCACGUAAUAGAAUCGGUGAUACAUGUGGUAAUAAAUCAUGUCAUGCUGAUGCGUGUAUUGAAUGUUUAACAAGCUGGUAUGAAGCUGUUAAACCUGGUGGUAUUGUGUUAGUUUCACAUUUAUCGUGUCCAUUCUGUAAACAGGCACCACUUGGGAAAAUUCUUAAAAAAUAUAAUAAACAAGCAUGUACUAUUUUACGACCAGAUAAGAAAAAUGAUAUUGAUGAACAUUGGUAUUAUGGUUGGUGUCUUGAUUGUUAUAAAGUUCAAAAGGCACAAGAAAAAAUCUGCAGCGGAAAUGAUGACAUUCCUGAAUUAACAAAUUUUGUUUGCGAUGAUUGUGCUGAAGUUCGGAAAAUUUCUAAAAGUGCUAACAGUAAAUUUUGUCCAGGUAUAAACGAAAAUACGAAAGAAAUAUGUGGCAUAGCCAUAAGUAAGAAUGGUGGUUGUAAUCAUAUAACGUGUACUGCAUGUAAUUCACAUUGGUGUUGGUUAUGUGUGAAAAUAUAUGGCGAUUCUAUUUAUGAACAUUUGACAGAAGUACACGGUAAUUAUGGUUUAGAUGAUAAUGAGAAUGAAUAUUAG